AUGAUUUCAAGGCUUGCCGGUGACUCGAUUUGGUCUAGGUAUUCUUUGGCUUUGUCCGGGAUCCAGGCGGUCGUUAUCAUAGCACUCGAGGCCGUCAUCUUUCGACUCCACACAAUCGAAACCGCCGACAUUAAACAGGCAUUUGGACUAGCACUUGCUCAGUUUACACAGCACGACGUAACAGGACCAACCAAGGACGUGAUCGCGCAGACCACUAGCGUCCUCUCAGUGUACCAUGUGUUAUUUAUCGUCGCCCAAAUCUUUCAGCUCAUCCUCUUGUGCGACGCGAUGUUCAACAAAAACACCAUCCAGAUCAUGGCCCUGGUCGCCUUCAACGCCGCAAUGGUCGCCUACGCAGGAGUUCAAGUGAAGCAGGCUUCCGAUAUUCUUGUCAGGACAGAAGGGGCAAACACGCUGGCCAACAUGAUCCUCAGCAUUCUUGCACUCAACCCCAGCGCAACACCCUAUCACGCCUCAAAACCGUACGAGAUUGCCGUUGUGGCACUCAUGGUCAUCUUUGCAUCAGGAUUCGCCGUUAUCGCCUACAAGUUAUACAAGGAGUUCGGUUGGAGCAUCUACAAGAAAAUUGGAGCCGACUUGGCCAUGCGAGACAUGUACAAGAUCUAUCAGAUCUUUAUCAUGAUUCUCAAGUUUGAUAUCUUUUUCCAACUCGGAUUUUCGGCGCAGUUCAUCUCAGUCAUUGUACUUGCGUACAACUCUAUUGACGAGGACAAAGGGGGACCGACCCCAGCAGCUCAGGUGGCUUUCAGGAAUGUCCUAAUCAUCCAUCUGGUUUUAUCCGUGGGAGCGUGCAUCGUAUUGCCCGUUCUUGCCUGGCGAGGUCUAAAGCGCGAAUCCAAGUACUCGAUGGCUGCUUUCAUCUGCGGAGGCAUAGGAACGCUCGUCUAUAACAUUAUCAAGCUUAACCAAGUGUUUGUGGAUCCAGGGCGAUUCGCUGGAGCCAACAAGUUUCUGACGUUCUUUUUGAUUCUCAAUCUACUGCUUGGAGUUGUCACACUCUAUCUCGCCUGGCAAUGCACGAAGAACUUCAACAACGGCCUCAAUGCCCACAUCGGGAAAGUAUCAGGAACCAACAUUUACCCUAUGGAAUCUGUCAAUGGACCGGGCAAGCGAUGGUCCAUAGAAUAA